AUGUCCAGGCAUGCACAACAGCUUAGAGACCGUGAUAUAAAUCCAUGUGUAGCGGAAACAGAUGCCUCUAGAAAAUGUAUGGAUGACAACAACUCUAACAAGGAUAUGUGUGCUGCUUAUUUUUUGAAGUACAAAAACUGCCGAAAAUUCUGGCAUAACAUUAUGAUGCAAAGGAGAAGAAAUGGCGUGAAACCCGAGAUGCCUUCAGCAGAAGAGAGAAAAAAGAUGUUGGAAUCAAUGGGGAACCCUUACUGA